AUGAACACCAUCUUAUCACGAUUAAUAUCUAUUUUACCUUCCUAUUCACAUCAGUCUGCACGUUUUCUCAGAUCAAAUAAUUUCGUUGAACGUCUGAAAUCAAAUAAUCAAAAUGCUCAAACUGUUUGUGUAGUUCCUGAUCCGAUAGAAAAUCGAGGUAUUAUCUAUGAACCACCCUAUCUAUUCGAAGUUGAUCUCUUUCCUAAUUAUCAAUUAUUGGCGGUAUCUGUACGAGGUUAUGAUUAUGUUGUACUCGAAGGUUAUUUUCGAUAUAUACAAAAAUUAGCUAAAUCACUUGAUAUUAAAGUAUCUGAAGCUGUUCCUAUUCCAGCUAAAUCAUCUCGUGUAACAAUACUUAAACCACGUAGUGCACAAAUUGACGUUGAACAUCAUUUAAAUUUAUAUCAUCGUAUAGUAAAAUUUGCAAAAGUAAAAGCAACGAUGGCACCCAUUUUAUUUGAAUGUAUACGUUUAAAUAUACCUGAAGGUGUUGAACUUAAAAUCGAUAUACCUAAUUCAGUUGAUGAUGAAUUUCGUUAUGUACCUGACGUUGAAUUACAACAGCUACAAAGUGAAUUACGUGCAAUUGAUCAUGAAAAAGAAGAAACACAAAAGGCUAAAGACGCUAAACGUGCAUUAAGACAAAAAGAAAAAGCACAAGCUAUGCUUCUAUCCAUAUUAUCACCAUUUAAUGAUGAAACAGUACCGCCAUCUGAUGAUUUGCCAGAUAAUGAUGAAAAAUCCAAAUAG